GUGAAGUUUUGACGGUUUUGAUAAGCUCCGUUUGCUUCGUUUCCAGUGACCGCCGCGAUUAGGUCAUAUGAUUUAUUCGUUUUAAAUGCCUGAAAUUUACUAAUUAAACUUAUUUCAAGAACGAAGUGUUUGACGUGAGCAGUUUUCACAUAUGAAACAGUGAAUUCUAAAAGUGCUGCAAGUUAAACGCAGUGAAAACAUUGUGCCAGUAUGUCGUUUUUCGGCGUAAAUGUCAAUCCCUUUUCAACACCAGUAGGACAGAGAAUAGAACAAGCCACAGAUGGCAGCCUUUCGAGUGAAAACUGGGCACUUAAUAUGGAAAUUUGCGAUAUAAUUAACGAAACAGAAGAUGGCCCGAGAGAUGCUAUUAAAGCCAUUAAACGCAGACUCAAUCAAGCUGCUGGAAAAAAUUACACGAUCGUCAUGUACACUCUUACGGUUUUAGAGACUUGCGUGAAAAAUUGUGGAAAACGAUUUCACGCUCUCUCCUGCUCACGAGAAUUUGUACAAGAGCUGGUUAAGCUAAUUGGACCAAAGAAUGAGCCACCGACUGCCGUUCAAGAAAAAGUUCUGAGUCUCAUACAAACUUGGGCCGAUACCUUCCGCAAUUUGCCUCACACCCAAGGCGUUACACAAGUCUACCAAGAGCUCAAAACCAAAGGCAUCCAAUUUCCCAUGACUGACCUGGAUGCCAUGGCACCAAUCAUUACUCCCGAAAGGAGUGUGCCCGAAUCCGAGCAAAACUUGUCCAGUAUCCCACCAGAGGACCAAGCCGCCCUGACAGCCGGACCACAGCAUGUGCAAUCAUCACCCAAUCAAUUGGUUCAAUUGAGCGAUCAACAGCUCGCAAAACUUCAGAGCGAAUUGGACGUCGUCCAGGGCAACAUGCGAGUUUUGGCAGAAAUGCUGGCAUAUUUGACGAGUCCGGAACAAGCUUCCAAUCAAAAACCAGACCCGGCGGAUCUUGAACUUCUCACGGAACUACAUAAUACUUGCAAGGUGAUGCAACAACGAGUCGUGGAUUUAAUCGGUAAAUUGGCACAUGACGAAAUGACCGCAGAGCUGUUGCGCAUCAACGAUGAGCUGAACAAUCUCUUUCUGCGCUACUCGCGAUACACAAAGAACAAAGUACCGCCGAGUGCUAUUCUGGCGCAGGCGAUGGGACGUCCACCAAUUGCAGAAUCGAGUGCCGUUCUGGGCAAACAAGAGGCUGCUGAUUCGCUCAUUGAUUUGUCGGAUGGUGUCGAAUCCUUGGAGAAACGAGUCGAUGCUAUUCAAAUUUGCCCGAAGGGAAAGGAGCCUGAUAGCGAUGAGUUUGAUAUGUUUGCCCAGUCUCGAAACACUACUUAUGAAACAGCCAAAAAUAGUAGCAGCAAGUACGAAGACAAUCUGGAGCAGGUGAGCGGAGAUGGACUAAGCACGGCGAUUCUUAAUCGCAGUAAUCCUAAACACACGCAGUCUGCUUCCGCUGUUCCUGCUGCUGCUACCACUACUACCAGUAACACUCUCAAUCAGGAAUCUGAAUUCAGUGAGAUGGCGGCAUGGUUAGAUCAUACGCCUGGUGCUCAGGGAGACCAGUCAUUGACAUCCUCGGAAUUUGAACGAUUCCUGGCAGAAAGAGCUGCAGCGGCCGACGCUUUGCCAACUCUUCCAGCAACCACGACAACCACCAGCAUUCCCGCAACAAGUGGUACCAACAUUCAGAGACAAAUCAACAAAGACGAAGACAAAUCGUUAUUUGCCCUCUAAAAAGUAUUUCCAUCACUUUUAAAAUUCGAGUCACUCACAAACUUUGUUUCAACGAAAACAAAAAAAAAACAAAAAAAAACAACAAACAAUAAUAAUAACCAAACAAAGUAUUGUUCGUAGAUUCUGCGUCGAAUUUCACGUAAGACAGUUAAUUGGCGGCAAUAAUAAAUUGAAAUGUAUAAAUUUAAAAAUACGUAAGAGGCAGAAAAAUGAAAAAUCUGUCUUAUAUUAGAAACGGCUUCUCGCUUUCACGUACUUAUGUGCAGCCAAAGAGUUUCAUGAUCACAUUGCAACUCAUAUGUGUUGUAAUUUAUAAUCUCGGUUCGAUUCUGUCUCGUGAGAAUUGAGAAAGUCUCUCUCAGUCGAGAGCAGCUCUUGAGAAUUGCAAUUUAGUUAUCUAGAGAUACUAGUUUAUGUUAUUUGUAUAUAAUGUUGGAAAAAAAUACCAUCUAGACGUCUGAUAGACGUUCAAGUCGAUUUACGAAAAAAAAAGAAAUAUAUAUUAAAAACCAUGUUUUUCUCGCAUCCAAGUUUAAGUGGUAAGAUAAUAACUUAUUUAAAUAGACAGUGUACUAUAAUUUAUAAAUUCACGUCUAUAAAAAUAUAAUUUUCGUGGAUUUUUCUACGAAUAUCGAAUACGUAUCUCCACAGGACGUAUCUUGUAACAGGGUGGCCACUUGACCGGGAAUUUAAUUUAAAAACCCGGAAUUUACUUCUGGUCGCAGUAAAAUUCAAGUUUUUAUUAUUCCAAUAAUUUUUAUGAAUUUAAAAAAAGUCAUUUCUACUUUAUUUUACGUUGGACAUAUAAGUGUUUUUAUUCGGUUACAAAUUUAUUUACUUAUUUAAAAAGUC